UAAGGGCGGUGCCUGGCUAUAAAACCCCAGCCCUCGAAAUUCUCAACUCCUGAACCGUAGCCGAACAGUCCACAUUCUUCUCUUCUCCUCUCAGUCCAACAAGCAGAUCAGCUGUCACCAUGCCUUCAGAACUGGAGAAAGCAAUGGAGUCCCUCAUCAUGGUGUUCCAUCGCUACGCGUCCAAGGAUAGCAAGAACGGCACGCUUAGCCGGCGGGAGCUGAGAGAUCUGAUGGAGAACGAGUUGUCUGGCUUCCUCAAGUCUCAGAAGGACCCCGCCGCGGUGGACAAGAUCAUGAAGGAUCUGGACACCAACGGCGAUGGCCAGGUGGACUUUGAGGAGUUUGUGUCUCUAGUGGUCGGACUCUCUAUCGCCUGCGAGCAGUGUUAUAAGAUGCAAUUGAGCACGGGCGGCAAGAAGCAUUAAAACCCCACCAGCACCGUCAGCAGAGAGCUGGAGGAGAUGGAGGAAUAGAACAUUUCAAAUGUCCCUUGUUUUCUUUUUUGUAUCAUGGUCCAUUAAACUCAAUAAAUAUUCCUGAACACCCAAA